GUGUUCCGCGUGGAGGUGCUGUGCCGCGGGCGCAGACACACCGUGCCGAGGCGCUACAGCGAGUUCCACGCGCUGCACAAGCGGAUCAAGAAACGGUACAAAGUCCCCGACUUCCCGUCGAAACGCCUGCCCAACUGGAGGAGCAGAGGGUUGGAACAGCGCCGGCAGGGCCUGGAGGCCUACAUCCAGGGCAUCCUGUACCUGAACCAGGAUGUGCCCAAAGAGUUACUGGAAUUCCUGAGGCUUCGGCACUUCCCCGCGGACCCCAAGACUGGCAGCUGGAGCUCCCUGGGGGAGUCCCUGCCUAGCGACAGCAGCUCGCAGCUGCACCACCGGCCGGUCGUCAGCUUCUGCAUGGAUCCCGUUUGGGACCUGCCCCCAGAACCCCUGCCUAACGUGGUGGUGAGUGGUGUGCUCCAGGGCCUCUACGGCUUCAGCCCAGCACCAGCUGAGCCCGGGGCUGCCUGCCACCCUGCUCCUCUGCAGCCAAUGCCCUGAUCAGCCAAGGCAUUUGGACCCUCUGUCAGGACAGCCAAGUACCUCAGUCCUGCAAACUCCAUGUAAGGGACCAGGGCUGGGUGCCCCCUGGCCUGGACCCAGCACUUCACCACCUAAGCCCAGAACUUAGGGGGUGGUGAUAGUCGGCACUAGUAGAAUCAGGUGCUCUUCAAGCCUGAAGAUCAAGGGGCUAAGAAGGGAAAAGUCUGUCAGCGGUAGGCUGUAGAGGGACAAGUUAUUUUUUUAAAAGGUUUUUGCCAUAGGGUGCAUGCGCUCAUGGGGGAGAAAGAGAAGUAAAUCAUCCCCAAGGAGAUGGCCAUACCACAAUCCCUUUCUCCAUUCUUAUCCUGGGCUUUUGGACAUACAUACCCAGCAUGAUUUUCAAGCUGCCAGGUCCAGGGCUCUGAACUGCAGUUGGCCAUGUCAGCAUCUUAACCACGCCACCUGCUGGCCUCCAGGCAUAUUCCCAAACCUAGACCAGGGACGGAGGGUACAGAAGCUGACACAGAACCUGUCCAUUUAGAAGCAAAGCUCCUACUGGACUCUGUGGGUAGCC